CUUCAAUCAUUCCCGCGCCGGCCGCCGCGAGGAGCGCGCGUCGUUUUGCCACGCUGUCACGAGUUACGCCACGAGUCGAAUACGUUGUGUAUGUGCAUAGCGAUUUGUAUUUUGGUUACGUGUUAUGUUUCGAUAAAAUCAUUGUGUACGUGUUUACCUAUGUCGAUGUAACGUAACGAGAGCGCGUGGUGAUGUGAAAACGUGUUGCUUGAUUAGUGUCGACGUGUGCAUAGACGGUCGAAUGACAAAAAGUCGUCGAAUCGAAUCGUUUCAAAGAAGCUGCGUUUUAAAAGAGAAGGAUUCAUCGUGGUACGCUAACGGUAUCGCGGCACGCUGCACGUUACACGUGCAUUCGAUAACCUGGAUCCCAUCCCGACGAGUCGUCGGUUCGUCUCAUCGAGAAACGAGAGUUUGGAUUUUUCGUUGAACGUUCCGCAGCAUCAUCAUUCGACGCAGUAUCAUCAGAAUAGCUACGCCAUGGCCGAUCAAACGUUUCACACCCCUAGUUUUGGUGACGAGGAUUUCGAUAUACCGGCCAUCCAUUCCCAUUCUCACCAACAACAUCAACAACAGCAACAACAGCCUCAACAGCAACAACAGCAUCAAACGCAACAACAAACUCAGCCUCAACAUGAUCCGAUGCACGGUUACCAAACACAGAUGAUGCAAACCGGUAACGUUCAACAAUCUUCGGACGGAUUGAAUUUAGAUCCUGGUGGAUAUCAACAAUCCCUUUACUUGCAACAGGAUCACUCGAUGCAACAACCGAUCAGCGUAAGCUCGACGUAUAAUACGUCGCAGGGUUCGUACGUGAGUAUGAGCUCACCACGGCAACAACAUGGAAACCAGCAAAUAAUGUUGCUUCAACAGCAGCAGCAGCAGCAGCAGCAACAGCAACACCAGCAACAACAAGUUCAGUUGCAGCAGCAUAUACAGUACAUGCACACUCAACAGCAACAGCAACAACAGCAACAACAAUUGCAGCAGCAAAUGCAGUAUAGAAGUCCAACGGGUGGUAGUCCCUCCGCUAUACAAUCGAAUACUGUACCCGAGCCGAAUAACAAUACCACUACUAGCGAGGAUAGCGACGACAGUACGCCUCAUUCCGGAAUGAUUACCGGGAUUAAGCGACCCUCGCCGGAGCCGACUGACGUUGGAGCAAAAAAUCAAAGGAAACCAAAAUCGCAGAAAAAGAAGAAAAAGAGGGAUCCCAACGAACCGCAAAAACCUGUUUCGGCGUACGCUCUAUUUUUUAGAGAUACCCAAGCCGCGAUAAAAGGGCAAAAUCCGAAUGCGAGCUUUGGCGAAGUUUCAAAGAUCGUAGCUUCGAUGUGGGAUGCGUUGGAUACGGAACACAAGAACGUGUACAAAAAGAAAACGGAAGCCGCGAAAAAAGAAUAUCUGCAGGCUCUUGCGGCGUAUAGGGCGUCUUUAGUUAGCAAGGGGGCAGCCGAAAACGACAAUCAACAACAUCAACAACAACCGCAACAACAGCCAACGCCGCAACAACAAGUUCAAUACGCAGCAUAUGGUAAUUAUACCGGGAAUGGAACACCCGGAAGUGUCUCGUAUCAAGUUUACAGUCCACAACCGCAACCCUCUUCGCCUCAACAACAACAUCCGCAUUCUCAUCCGCAUCAACAACUUCAACAUCAUCAGCAAACGACGCAACAAAUGCAAAUAAAAAAAUCUCCUCACCAUUUAACGAUGCCAGGAAAUCCACAGCAACAACAAACGCAACAGACUUUGAUGGCAACAUCGAUGGCACCAACGCAUAUUUCGCAACAGCAACAACAACAACACAUGCAACAACAAUACAUGCAGAUACCACAGCAACAAGUGCAACAAGUGCAACAACAGUCGCAACAAGUACAACACCACCAACAACAACAGCAACAAUCGCAACAACAAUUGAUGCAUACGAAUCCGGCAAAGAGUGAUACAUUGUCGAGUUCUCCACCAGCAGUGAACUCUGUGAAUCAAGCUGCGAGCAUGGUUGGUCAAAGACCAACGUCGAACGCUUGUAUACGCCAUGGAUGCCCGAAUACCGCUGUUGCGAAUAGCGAAUGGGAAGACGAGUAUUGCAGCAACGAAUGCGUGGUUAGUCAUUGCAGGGAUGUCUUUACCACGUGGGUAUCUUCGAAUCAAAAUCCGCAACAAAACUUUUCGACCGUUAAAUAAGGAUAGGUCGUGCUAGUUGAAAAAUAGCAAUCGUUUAAAAUCUUUCCUACAAUUUCUUACAAUCGUGGAACACUAGUAUACAUUUACCUUAUAUAUUUGAAACGUGAUUUGAUUCGCUAUCUUUUGUACAUAUGUCGACCACACGAAGUUUUUUCGCUUUAAAUCAAAAAAAAAAAAAAAAAAAAAAUGAACGACUGAGAGCGCGAAUCGCUACAUGGAUCUAUAGGUUUCAUUUGAAAGACUGCCUCCACGCGGCAUACGAUGCUCGUCGACACUCGGAUAUAUAUAUAUUGCCGUUUCACAUUUUCACCGAUUACUUUUCAUGGACGAGCAACAUAGCUGCGUAAUCGCGAAAGAGUAUUAGAAUCGCCAAAGUAGCCGAUAAAAUCGGGCUGUAGUUCGAAGGAAUUCAUUUCGAUGUGUUGUCGUGCGCGCGUUUGCCCAUUGUCGUUUGCAGAUCGUUCAAUGCGCAUACGCUAUCGAAUUAAUAAGAGAUUUAAUAACGAAGCGCGGACCGAGUUGUAUUCCUUCAUUCAAAUCUAGUUAGGAAUCGUUUAACGAUAGAUAACAGUAAAUUCGUAGAAAUAUAUUCAAAAACUUUAGAAUACGUCUAUAUAAAAUUUAUGGAUACCCCGUCGUAUCAUCAGAAUCAAUGAGAGUAAAUACGAAUUUGGAAAGAAGUUUCCUCGAUUAGUAAAAAGAAAUAAAAAAAAAAUAUCGAUUGCCAAUUAAACAUAUUAUAGUAACUUGUCUAUAUAAUCGAUGGGAAUUAAUGACAAACGAAUCGAAAAUUCCGUCGACUCCUGUAAGAAAGAAAGAUUGCUGAUGGCGUUAAAGAUGAUAGUGGAAGAUGAAAGAAGAAAAAGGAAAUACCACGGUAGCCAUCAAAAAUCUGUAACACAACUUAUUUUUGUAUAAUUUUACAAAGGAAUAAAAAGUUCGUGCAAAUAAUACGAAAAAAAAAAAAAAAAAAAAAAAAAAAAAAAAAAACAGAAUGGUACGAACCGGAUGAAUUGUGGCCAAUGUUUGCUAAAACUAAUCUUUAUGAUCGAUUCAAUAAUUUUGUUCGAAUUCCCGUUCCAGUUUGCUCCUCAUAUUCAAUUUUUAACAAGUGUACGAUCGAUGAAAACAAUCAAUGAAAAGGAAGCAAACGAAUCAACGUAAUUUAUUUCGAAACAAUAAUAGGCUGUAUUGACGCGAGUCUUUAACUGUUCAAGAUCGUCGAACGAGAACGAAAGAUUCUAAAAAGGAAUAAAAAAGGAAGAGCUUAAAAUCUUUGAUAUUUUAUUAAUGCUUGAUUGCGAAAAUGUAUCUCUUCCUAAAUUUUCUCAUCUGUUCUCGACGAUGAUUUUGCUCGAUCUCUGACUCCAGAAGUACAUGGAAUUAGUGAAUGAAUGUUUAUAUUACGAAAGAUUGCGUAAUACUUUCGUGACAGAUAGGACACAUGCGCGUACACGCAUAUGAAUGCGUAAUUUUGGUAAGUUUUUAAAUAAUUUUUUUUCUCCUUUCCUAAAACAAUCCUUGUAUAUAUAUAUAAAAAAAAAAAAAGGAAUAUUCCAUAGAUUUGUAAACUGUAUGAUGUAAACAUAAUCGAUAGUGUAA